AUGUUUGGUCUGGCAGCCGCUAUCCUCGUUAGCGGAGCUUCGGUUGCUAAUGAUCAGGCAACCAAGCACGACAAACGAGCCCUUGUUUCCUGCCCGCCAGGCUACUGUCCGAUCGACUGCGAGAAAGUCUAUUGCGAAUGUGCACCUUGCUGA